GUCUUGCCGCCAGCCUGCCGGUACUUUCAGUCCUCUCGCGGUCUUCGUGACGUCAGCGCUACAAGCGCAGUAAGUCGCGCAGUCGCGUUGCGGUUGCAGUUUCGGUCGCGUUCCGGAAUCUGCCCACUCCGGUCGGUGUGACGUCACUCGACGCCCGGAGUUGCGAUUUCUACUGCGUGAUACACGAACGUUCGCAUUCUAUCUCUGGAUUACGGUUGUUUAGAAACGUCUGGUUAGGCAUUAAAGAUUAGCAUGUGAUAAGUGAUGACCCGCGUAAAAUUGACCUAUACGAUGCCUAACAUUCCUCAAGAUGUGAUAUAAUGGGUAGACUGAGCAAGAGCACGCCGUCGGUGAGUGUCAGCUACAGGAAGUUGGUGGAAGACUAUACCGGAAGUGCGAAUAGUGGAGCGAAGUACUCUAACUGCGGCACCACCAGUGCCAGUUUUGACAGUCUUGGCAAGAUUAUGCCUGCACCCGCACCUGGUGAUCUGUUCUCGUACUCGUGUCAUCAUUGCGGACAUAGGCAGAAACUACAGCGUGCUGCAUUACUAAUAAUGGGGAACUUCGAAAGAACAAACGCGCACAGACCUGUUAAGCCUACAAAUGGAUAA